AUGGAGGAGGACGAGACGAACUCUGGGAGUAUUUUGGCUGAGCACCAGCUUAAGUACUGUUCUCAGGUGUUGACCAGGAUCAAGCGAAAUUCGAAUGCGCCUCCAUUUCUAGAGCCUGUGGAUCCUGUGAAGUUGGGGAUUCCUGAUUAUCCGGAAAAGAUAAAGCACCCCAUGGACCUGUCUACCAUUAGAAAGAAGCUAGAUGCGAAGGAAUAUUCUGGGCCUGAGGGCUUUGACAGUGACAUGAAGCUGAUGUUCAACAACUGCUAUACAUACAACCCACCUGGAACAGUUGUUCACGACAUGGGGAAGGCCCUUGAGAGUGUGUACAAUGAUAUGAUGGAAGGGAUGCCCCAGGAGGUCUCUAAGAAGCGGAAGAAAACCGAAGUGCCUGCAGUAGUGAGACCCAAGCAGGUGAAGAGGAGCAUAAAGCCCAUUGAGGUGAUGAAGACAGAGGACUAUGAAUUUUGUUCUGAGGUUCUUAACGAUUUGGUGAGGCCGAAGCAUAAGGCCUACAAUUGGCCAUUUUUGGAACCUGUAGAUGGAGAUCUUGUUCCUGGAUACUACUCUGUUAUUAAGGAGCCUAUGGACAUGCAAACGAUGCGAAACAAGCUAGAGCAGAGGAAAUACCAUAGCGUCGAGGAGUUUGGAAGAGAUCUCGAGCUUAUUGUAGAGAACUGCAAGAAGUUCAAUGCACCGGGGACGGAGGUCUAUGCAUGUGGACAGGAGUUUGAGAGGGCUAUAAAAGCGCAUAUGGAAAAGACCUUGCCAGCUGAUAUCAAAAGCAGGAUAUCUGAGCUGAAGAGAAAGGUUGUGUCUUACACUCGGGAGAUUAGGAUGCUAGAAUCAAAGCUAAUGGAGCAGACUGGAGAGGCGCCUUCAUCUCGAGCCUACUCGCUGAGUGAAAGGGUUAGCAUAGGAAACGCCAUACUGAAUAUGACUAAGGAACAAACAGAAAACGUUGCAAAGAUUGUUCUGAAGAAUGGAGCUGGAGAGUUUGUAGAAAAUGACGAGAUUGAAGUGGAUAUGAGGACGAUCCCGGACCACGUUGUAGAGGAAAUAGAUAUGUACAUCAAGAGUAUCAAUGUUGGAGAGGAUGUGCGGGACGAGUAA